GCAGUCAGUCAACACAACACAGUGCAUCCAAUUAACUUACUUGUUCUUGAAUGAAAAACUAUUAUAACUAAAUAGUAAUGGCGGCUACUAAUAUUCCCGACUGGGUUACUGCGGAACUCUUUGAGGAUGUGCUCAAGAAAAGUGUGGAAGGAUACUCCAAAGUAAAGAGUUUCAAGGCGGACUCGGGAUCUGCGGCUGGAGAAAACUAUGCCACCAUUAUGGUACGAGUUAAGAUCGAAGUGGAGCUAAAGGGUAAGUUAGUGGAUGGAAAAACCAAGCAGGUGUCCUACAUGGUAAAGUUGCCUCACCAGGGUGAAGUGUUCAAGGAGAUGAUGGAAAAAUCAAACGUUUUCGACAUCGAACGGUGCAUGUACAACGAGGUGGUUCCCGAAAUGGAGGCUCUCUAUAAGGCAGAGAAUGUAAAUGUUACUUUUGGCGCCAAGAGUUACAAUCUUAAGAACGCCAAGACUGACUAUGUGGCGCUGGAGGAUCUGGGCGCCAAGGGAGUUAAGAACGCUGAUCGCCUGGAAGGAUUCGAUCAAACUCACACCGAAAUGGUGCUCCUGAAGUUGGCCCAAUGGCAUGCUGCAACGGCUGUGCGGAUUGCCACAAAGGGCCAGUAUCCCGAUAUCGUAUUACAUGGCUUCUACAAGGAGGAGAACCGGCCGAUGAUGACUGGAAUGAUUAAAGGAAUUGGUGGGAAUUUCGUAAAAAGUUGCGCCACCUACAAAGGUCACGAAGAAUACAUAGAUAAAGUCAAAGCCCUAACUGAUGUUUUUGUCGAUAAAAUGUUCGAGUUUGCCAAAGUCGACCCCACGGAGUUUAAUGUGCUGAGCCAUGGCGAUACCUGGGCCAACAACAUCAUGUUCCAGUACGAUGCCUUCGGAAAGGUCAAGGAGGUUUUCCUGGUGGACUACCAGCUGCCCAGGUACGGAACUGUGGCCCAGGACCUGCUCUACCUCCUGAUCUCCUCCACAAAACUGGAGGAUAAGCUGUCGAAAUUCGAUCACUACAUAAGGGUGUAUCACGAGCAUUUGGUGGAGCACCUUAAGAUCCUGAAGUACUCAAAGGCUAUUCCCAGUCUGAAGGACAUUCACUUGGCGAUCAUCAAGAAUGGAUUUUUCGCAUAUUCCGUGGCCAGUGGUACGAUGGCCGCCGUUCUGUUGGAUCGUACGGAUAAUGCCAGCUUUGAGACGUUUGCAAGUGACGGUGAAGAGGGAGUUAAUUUCCAGAUGCGUCUAUUUAACAGUCCCCGGUACCGGAAACACAUCCAGGUGGUGUUGCCUUGGCUGCUCAAUCGUGGCGCCCUGGAACUGAAUUAGUAAUAUAACUUCACAGACCAAAAACUACAUUAGCAUUUCAACAUAUUUAUGUUAUAUUUGUAAUAUUAUAUUUGUAGUAUUUGUAAUUACAAUAAAUAGU